AAUAAGUUAAUCGUUCAUAAUGUUUAAACAAUAGGUAAAUAUUUUUAUUUUUUCAUUUUUUUCUGCUGUUGCGGCUCUAUGCCAGCGUUCCUACGGUCGUUAUAGUAUUUACCAAUGUAUAUUUUGUUUUUGUUUUUUUUUAUUAUUUGAAAUAGUGCAAUAUCGAUGGUAUUAAAAAUUAUGCUAAUAUAAAAGGAUAGUGCCAUGUAUCCGAAUAAUCCUAACCUUUUCAACGAAACCUUUUCCAAUCCUUUACUAAAAGUCAAUGAAUUUUAUCGUUAUGUUUAUUUUUCGAAUUUUACCACUCGAAUAAUUUUAACGAUCUUGUCACGAAUAGGAUAUGUUUUAUUACAAAUUAGUUCUGUGUCAAAGCAGGACAAUUUGAAUUUAAUAUUGUUUAAAAAUAUCAAAGAUAUCUGCUGUACCACAGUUGCUUAUUUUACGAUUGGUUUUCUUGUGAUAUUUAAUGAUGACGUGUACGGCUUUAUCUACGGUGAUUAUUAUAGUUUCGAAAAUUUGUUGAUAAAGAAGGAAGAAUUCUUAAUUGGUUGGCAAGUUGUCAUAAUGACAUCAGCUAUUUAUAUGUUUAGUAUGACCGAAAAUAUAUGCUUUAUUGGUCAUUUUCUGGUAAAUUUACUCUUGGCUGGUUUAGUUCAACCUUUUUUUAUUCGUUGGUCUUUAAUGCCAGAAGGAUGGAUCGUGAGAGGUAAACUGUACGACAUCAGAGUUUAUUUUCGUGAUCAUGCUGGAUCAGGAAUUGUUCACGUUGUUGGCGGUCUCUCUGGUUUGAUCGUUUAUUUAAUAUUAUCGAGAAAAAAUUAUAUUUUUAAAGCAAAGAAUAUUGAUAGAAUAAAUUUACCUUCGUUCCUUUUGAGUACCACUUGUUUGGGUUUAUUUUUGAUCUUCGUUGGUCUUCUAAAUUUGUCUUUAUCAACCUUGGAGAAUGAUACAUCAAAUACUAUAAACACUGUUAUUAACAAUUUAAUAGCAGCAUCUUGCUGUUCACUUUGUUUCAUGAUCCUUCAUUUAACAUUUAAACGAUCUAUCGAUCAUUGGACAACAUUAAGAUGCGUUCAAGGUUUAAUUGUUGGCUUAAUUAUGAUCUCAAGUGCUUCCAACAAAUAUUCUCAUUUGAUGUCUAUCGGAUUAGGUUAUUUAGGAGGAGUUAUUUUUUAUUUGAUAUCCAGAUUGAUAUUUUAUAGAGAUUUAGGUCACUGCAAUAUCAUAGCGAUUCAUCUAAUUUAUGGUUUCUUCGCAAACAUUCUGGCACCAUUCUGUGUAUCAGAAGAAAAUACUAGCACACAGUCUCGUUUAUUAAAUCUUUCCUGGCAAUUAAUUUCUUUAAUUGUUUUGAUGGGACUAGUGACUGUCACUCUAACACCUUUACUUCUAAUUCUACAAAUUUUCGGUUUACUUAAACACAGAUCGCAAAUUUUUAAAAUAAACGAAUCUACGAUUAGUCUUGAAAUGACAAAAAGGAUUUCUGAUAAAAAUAUUAUAUGCGAUAAAUACGAAGAAUCGAUUAUAAAUAAUACACAUUUAUUAUCCAUUAAAUUUACUGGAGAAAAUUCUUAUCAACCUCAAAACGAGUUGUCGCGAUUAGAGGAAGAUGAAUUUAUUAAAGAAAAUUAUUUAAACAAGAUAGCGACCAUGAAAAAUGAAGAAUUGUCUGAUUCUUCGCAAUCAUCAGGAAGAAAAGUGCACAAAUUAAGACAAAUAUAUACUCUUUCUGGGUACAAUUUGAUCUCGUCACAGGAUCAAUUUGCUAACGGUGAUAGAAUCGAUAUCGAUCUUAUGAAUAGCAGAAAAUAUUUCUCUGAAACUAAUUUACAACAUUCUCCAAAUAUUUCUCAUCAUUCAAAAGAAAUUCAGCGCAAACUGAAUUUAAGUUGUUACGUUGAUAUUAAAGAAAACAAUGAUAAUGAAAUUACUAUUAAAAAUGAGUAUCAAUUACGAAGAACUCAAAAAUUUAUGAACUUGCGUGAAGAAUUGGAUAAACAAGAGUUCAAUGAACUGGAACAAAGAAAAGAAUUUUAUACAGAAUUAAUUCUUACAUGAUAUGUAAUUUUCAUAAAGUCUGUGGUGCUGAAUCAUGAGAUAAAAUAAAUGCAUGUUUCAUUCGAUUUUAUGGCAUAUCGUAAA